AUGGAGUGGAUGGAUGGUUGGUUCCGCGCAGGUCCUCGUUGCAGCGCCACCUACGGCGACAAGGUGGCACCGGAGCAAGGUCGUCUCCAAGCUGGCCUACACCGACCAAUUCACGUGCUUACCCCUGAGGAGGACGCGCUCUGCGCCGACGGACCCGUGGCGGCUGUGCACACUAUCCAGCGGGUGGAGGAGGUGAAGCGGCGCAGACCGACCGCCAGCAGCAGCUUCCAGAUCCCGCAGGGCUCCUUCGUCGUCUUCGUCAUGCUCGCUCUAACCCUCUGGAUCCCAGUGUACGACCGUCUACUCGUGCCGCUGCUCCGCCGGAUCACCAAGCGCGAGGGUGGCAUCACCCUGCUCCAGCGGAUCGGCAUCGGAAUGGUGCUCUCCGUGGUCACGAUGCUGGUGGCGGCGGCGGUGGAGCGUCGCCGUCGUCGGAUCGGUCCGGGAUCGCCGAUGAUGUCGUGCUUCUGGCUGGUGCCGCAGCAGGUGCUGGCGGGGCUCUCGGAGGCGUUCGCCGCCAUCGGGCAGACCGAGUUCUACUACCGGCAGUUCCCCGAGAACAUGCGAAGCGUCGCUGGGGCGCUCUACUUCCUUGGCUGGGCACUUGCGAGCUACGCCAGCGGGCUCAUGGUGACCAUUCUCCACCGGACCACGGGAUGGCUGGCGCAGGACCUGGACGAGGGCAGGGUGGACCUGUUCUACCUUGUCACCGGCGCCAUCGCAGCGGUCAACCUCGUCUACUUCAUGGCGUGCGCACGGUGGUACAGGUUCAAGAAGUCAGAUGACGACCACACCGGCUCCGGCGCCGGCGACGACGGCCUCGACGAGAGCCCGAAGAAAGCGGCGAAUGCAGCGCCGGUUUAGUCAUUUAGUUUAGGGCAUGCCCGUCGCGGUUCAGAGAUGGAUAUGCGUGCAUAGUGGUAUAUACUUAUCGGUUGUGGUGAAUCCAUCUAUUGUUGUGAUCUAUACAGAUAAUACUCCUACACCUACAGGAUGUUUCUUA